GACGUCACCUACGCUAGGUAACGUAGUCCGCGCACGUAACUUUCAUUCAAGCAGCAUUUUGAAUAAGGAAGAUGGCGGCUGCAGCAGUGGUUGAGUUCCAGAGAGCCCAGUCUCUCAUUAGCACGGACCGCAACGCCUCUAUCGACAUCCUGCAUUCAAUAGUGAGGAGAGAUGUUCAGGAGAACGAUGAGGAAGCUGUCCGGGUUAAAGAACAGAGCAUCCUGGAGCUGGGGACACUCCUGGCCAAGACCGGACAGGCUGCAGAACUAGGGGGUCUGCUGAAAUUUGUGAGGCCUUUCCUGAUUUCCAUCAGCAAGGCCAAGGCGGCCCGGCUGGUCCGCUCCCUGCUGGACCUCUUUCUUGACAUGGAGGCAGCAACGGGACAGGAGGUUGAGCUGUGUCUCGAAUGCAUUGAGUGGGCCAAGGCCGAGAAGAGAACCUUCUUACGACAGGCUCUGGAGGCACGACUGAUCUCACUCUAUUUUGACACCAAACGAUACCAGGAGGCCUUGGCGCUCGGCUCCCAGUUGCUCCAGGAGCUGAAAAAGAUGGAUGACAAAGCUCUCCUGGUAGAGGUUCAGCUGCUUGAAAGUAAGACGUAUCACGCUCUCAGCAACCUGCCCAAGGCCCGCGCAGCCCUCACUUCAGCCAGGACCACCGCCAACGCCAUUUACUGCCCUCCAAAGCUCCAGGCAGCUCUGGACAUGCAGUCAGGGAUCAUCCACGCAGCCGAGGAGAAGGACUGGAAGACGGCCUACUCCUACUUCUUUGAGGCCUUUGAGGGCUACGACUCCAUCGACAGCCCCCGAGCCAUCACAGCACUCAAAUACAUGCUUCUGUGCAAAAUCGUUCUCAACUUACCAGAGGAGGUCCAAGCCCUGAUCAGUGGUAAACUGGGUCUGCGACAUGCCGGCCGACAGACAGACGCACUGAAAUGUGUCGCCCAGGCCAGCAAGAACAGAUCAUUAGCAGACUUUGAAAAGGCCCUAACAGAGUACAGAGCAGAGCUGAGGGAUGACCCCAUCAUCAAUACUCACCUGGCCACGCUGUAUGACAACCUGCUGGAACAAAACCUCAUCCGAGUCAUUGAACCUUUUUCCAGAGUACAGAUAGAACACAUAUCAGUUCUAAUCAAACUGUCAAAGGGUGAUGUUGAAAGGAAAUUAUCACAGAUGAUUCUGGACAAAAAGUUUCACGGAAUCCUUGACCAAGGCGAAGGCGUCUUGAUCAUAUUUGAUGAGCCCCCAGUGGACAAAACCUACGAAGCAGCCUUGGAAACAAUUCAGAACAUGAGCAAAGUUGUGGAUUCACUUUACAACAAAGCCAAGAAGCUGACAUAGAGCAGAUUGCCACGGCAGUGCGAUGGAGGAACUGUGUGUGUUUGACCAGCGUGUGUAACAUUUUAAGAAGGGGACAAGGGAGAGCAACGAAAAAGUCCCACAAACUGCAACAAACAGGAUUCCCCCAUCAAACUCCCCCCUCCUCUCCCUCAACGGACAAUUUCAUCACUUCUCUUGUUUUUUUGGUUUUUUUUCCUCUUUAAUUUUGAUAUCUCUUCAGGAUUCUGUGUAACACUCAGCGGCCAAAUCAGGCCAUCAGGGAAUAUUGUACAACCACAAUAAAAAGAUUAAAAGGUUUAAAAAUACAUAUAUGUUUAUAUCUGCUAUAAGGCUGGGCUUACCAAGCCUUAAGCUGACUCCACUGCAACCUCAAAGGUGCAACAUUGACCUCUGCAGCCUCUGACUCUGCUACUAACUGCGUAUGCAGAAAUGAGGCUUUCUCCUUUCUUCUUGUCCAUAUCUUUCAGAAGCACACUGUUCAGUUUUUGGAAGGUUGGGAUACUCCUUGGGAUUCUGAAUUUUGGUCAAAGAGCUCCCUCUAGUUUUUUUUGUUGUUUUUUUUCCUCACCAUAUCAAUGCCAACAGUUAAGUACCCACUGUAUUUCAGAUAUGUAUUAAACUCACUUUAUUUGUUUUUGGUUUUGUGUUUUUGUUUAAAAAAAGAAAAGAAAAAAGAAAAUCAGAAGGUUGCCACAUGUCUGCCCGCCCUGCUAAUGUAAGUUUAUAGAACAGACAGGAUGCCAUUUCACCACCAGUGCCACUUUUUCGGCGCUUUCUGUUUGCCUCAGUGUUUGGGUGCAAUAUGAAAUCGGAGGGCAGAGGUGGAGAUGUAUUCAUCGCCUCUGUGAGUUAUCCCUAAGUGAGCAAUUCUCCAUUGUUAGUUCCUAGCACUAGUGUGGUAUGCUAGUAACCAAACAAUUUGUAUGGUUUUGAUUUGGUUUUGAUUUUUUUUGUUUUGUUUUUCUCUUAUAAAGACAUUUUCAAAAUAAAUAUUUUGUAUUUUAAGGAUUUUGUCUUGUCUCUUGCAAAAACAGAAUGCAAAUGGUGAUUUGGUGUGGUAACUUUGAUUGGCCGCUCGGUUAUAAUAUUUGUUUUUAAAGUUUAAAGGUGAGAAGAAGACUGCAAAGUGUCUUUGAAUUGCACUUAAGAAUGGGAGCAAGUGAUUCAGAAAAUGUACACAGUAGUUAAGUAAAGUAUGUCUGUUAAAGAACAAGUCAAAGGUAUCUAAGCAGUCAGAAACAAUUCUUAAAAUGACUCCAGGGGAGUACAGAUGUUGAUACUAAAAUACAGAAUCUCUUCCUGCUGCUAUAUUUGUCACACCUCACAUCAAAGGGCAUUAAAUCAGUUCAAUGGA